ACAGUCAACAGCUACUCUGGUACGCGCUAUGGUAGCUGUUGUAAGGUUUCCCAAAACCGGAGAGAGGAGGAGGCAGUGGGAAGUUGCCCUAAGAAGGGACGGUUUUGUUUCCUCUGGCAGGACGCUGCUCUGCAGUGAGUACUUCAGGAGUGAGGACUUUGACAGGACGGGGCAGACUGUCCGGCUUAAAGAUGGUGUUGUGCCAACAGUAUUCAAUUUCCCAGCUCAUCUUCAAAGGCCGGAAGCAACAAGAAGCACAACCACUUCAAGAAGAGCGGAAGAUGAACCUCAGCCUAAUGUUGUGAGUAUUCUGAAUGUGGCCAAGACCAGAGAGAUGGUCAUUGAUUUCAGGAGGGUGAGGACAUCUCUUCUACCCCUGUGCAUUCUGGAUGUGGCUGUUGUGGAGGACUACAAAUACCUGGGAGUGCACUUAGACAACGGACUGAACUGGAGGAUCAACAAUGAUGCUGUGCACAAGAAGGGGAUGAGCAGACUCUAUUUUCUGAGGAAGCUGAGAUACUUCCACGUGUGCAGCAAGAUGCUGGAGAUCUUCUACCGGUCUGUUGUGGCCAGUGCACUCUUCUUUGCUCCGGUCUGCUGGGGGGGCAGCAUCAGAGCCGGUGACACCAGCAGGAUCAAUAAACUGAUUAGGAAAGCUGGGUCUGAAGGUCUAUGA